CGGCCGGCGCACGAUCAGAGUAUUCAGUUCGUUCGCGAUCGUCUCAGUGCCAACACGAUUCUUGCAAAGUGCUCCCCGGUUCCUCCGUUUUUUCCGUUGUUUUGUUUUUCUUUUUCGGGCUGGACACAGCUGAUAGCGCUGGGCAACUUCGAAGGGGUCACCAACGGCUGCGACGCCUAGGUGUUAAUAGGUUUCGUAAGACACCGGUUUUGCGUGAAACAACGCGAUCGUGUUCGGUGUGUAUUAACUUUUACUCGGGGCUCGGUACGCCUGACGAAUCCUUCCGGGGAUAAGCUGUUUGAAGGAACGUUGAUUGCCGGCCUUCCACGAGAUGAGGGCGUUCCAGUUAAUCUGCUUCGGUGCAAUUUUUUUAAUUGCUUUUUCAUCGCUGACAGAGGCCCAGUGGUUCGGUAGCAAAAAGAAGGACAAAGAAGAAGACCCGAACGUGGCGCUACUUUCGUACGUUCCGAUUGAUCCAGACAAGAUUCCACCGGCGGUCGUUACCAGUUCAACGACGACUAGUACUACAACUCCAGCGCCUACUACGACUAAGAAGAAAGGUUUCUUUGGUGGUCUUUUUGGUGGCGGUAGCAAAAAGGACAAGGAGGCAACGUCAACAACCACAACAACAACCACGGCAAAGCCAACUCCGACUACAACAGUGGCAACGAGUACAACCAAAAAGUCAGGUGGAUUUUUCGGUGGUCUUUUUGGUGGUGGUAAAAAGGACAAAACCAGUACCACUGUAGCACCCAGCACAACAAAAGCUACCCCAACGUCCACCGUCAAGUCCGUAGCAACGACACCAACCACGAAAAGUGCUGUUUCUUCCACGGUAGCCUCACCAACAGUGAGUACGGCGAAGUCUCCAAUUGCCAAAGAUGUUCCAAUCCCUUCAGUUCCGACAACUGCUGCCUCUGUAUCAACACCACCAUCCAUUCCACCCAAACCGACAACUCCAAAAUCCACGGAUGCUUUCCCGCCACUACCACCCAAACCUGGUAGCCCAACUCCGGCACCUGUCCCAACUUCAACACUGGCCAGUGCCUGGAACAAACCACUCCCGAAAGAUCCGGCACCGGGCUCACCCGGUGUAAGUUUUGUACCGACACAACCUCCUCCGCCCGGUUCGGCCAGUAAAGGAACUACCCCGAGAUACAGUGAAGGACCCACGGCAACCGACGAGGAACUGGCUGCACUAUCCGAGCAACUGUUUUCCAAGGAAAAUACUCAAUUGAAUAAAUACGUUCGCGCUAACUACCAACGCCAAACGCUAUCCUCAUCCACCGUCGAUGAUGCAUCGGAACCCUUCCUGUCCGUCGAUGAACGCCAGGUCUAUGCCAUCCCAACGAUCGAAAAGAUGCGGGCCCUGUUCAACAACUACGAACUGGACACGAUGGUUAACGAGUACGUGACGCCGAUGGAGAAAAAAGAGGAGAACGACUUCGUCGAUGCCCUGCUGGCGACGAACGUCAUGCGAAGUGCCAUGCUGUUCCUGCAGAAGAAGGGUGUGGUGACGGCGGAUCCGAAAACACACCACGAACUGCUGAAGACCAUCUGGUUCCAGCUGUACUCGCGAGGAAACGGUAAAAUCGGCAGCAGUGGAUUCGAGCACGUGUUUCUCAAUGAAGUCAGCAACCGAACGAUGAUCGGCCUGCAUAACUGGGUCUAUCUGUACGAACAGGAGAAGGCCGGUCACCUCGACUACCAGGGCUAUCUGAAAAAGUUCGAUCUUGGAAGUAAAGGAGAAAUCGCCAAAAUUCGACUGACGUUCGACAACCUGCCGAAACCGUCCAACUCACUGUUCGUGGCCACCUCACCGGAACUGGAGAUUGCCCUGUACACGGUGUGCUUCCAGUUGCGAGCCGAUACCGAAUGUCCGCUGGCGUACAAUGGCAAAAAGUUCACCAUCAAAACGUUCACUUUCCGCUAUCGGGGCAAGAAUCUGAUUGGCGGUGCGUGGCCCAAUUUCUAGACUCUAGAGAAGACGUAGAAGAAAAAAGCGCGAACCCUUCUCUCCCCCCUUUUGCGUUGUUGUAUACUCAGCCGUUUUAAUGGAUCUUAAUCUGUAUAUUAGCUUUAUUCGGAACAAGGAAAUACAAGCACUGAUUCGACUGCUUUA